AUGCUCAAUAUGUUCGAAUCAAGAGUAAUUACCAAAGUUUCUGGAAUGUUGAAAGCCUCAGAGUCUGCUAUUUUAGAGAAGGUUGAUUAUACAGAUCAGAAUUCUGAGCUUCGUGUUAAAACUCUCAGAUCUGAUUUUAUGGGAGAAGUUAAGAAUCUGAAAAGCACAACAAAAGAACGUGAUGUUCUUUUUAUUCAGGAGGUGAAGAAGGUGAAGGAGGACGUUAACUCACAAAUCCACGAACUUCGUGAAGAUAUGAAAAAGGAAAUUCUUUCUGUUCAACAUGAUUAUGCGCCCUUGCAUCAGAAGGUCGAUAUCAUUUGUGAUGCUGUAACCCGUUUUGUCAAGCUAUAUGAAGGGGUGCAAGGGGGAGAAAGGAAGUUAGCAGAAGAAGGAGCGAAAGUGGUGGGUAAGGUAUUCUCUUCAAACAUCCCUUCAACUAAACCAGUGAUAGUGUCUGCUGAACUAGUGACCUCAAUAAUCAUAACAACAUUGCCAAUUACAAGAACAAUUUCGAAAGGAAUUGUAAUUGGUAAACCUUUGGAAUCUGGAGGAAGUGGUUCAAAGCCAAAAGAGGUUGAGGCUGAAGUUGAGAUUGAAAAGCUUAGAAUCGUUCAAAGUAUAAUGACUCAGAGGGAUAAUGAUCCUAAGGGGAUGGAUAAAGGUGAUCCAGCAAAACACCAUAACUAUGAAACAAUCGAAGCCAACGUUGCUUUCAACCACAUUUGGAUUUCCCUAUAA